GGCCCAGGCUGGAUAUGACUGCAGUGUAACGGCUUGUUCAAGCCGAAUGGAUGACUGCGAAACUCUCCAAACUUUCUUUCGACACUCUUUUGUCCUAUUGUUUUUGAGCGGUUUUCUUUCCUAUCAUUUUCAAAUUCCAGUCACUCCCCUCCCACUCCAGAACUUGAGGAAUUCCAAGGUGAAAACAUGUUGUCCAGGAGAGUUGUGUCGUCUCUUCUGUCGCUCCUCUGUCUGCUGCUGGGGGUCCUAGAGGCAGAGGGGCACGAGCAAGGACAUAUUCAGGAUGUUCUCAGGGCCUUGGAUCUGCCAGCCAGCAACAAGCCUUAUUUUCAGAAGAACGACGUCGGAGUCCUGAUUUCGAAGCUGCUUCGAGUGUUGCACUGUCGCGAAUGGAACACGGGAAACUGUGACACAUGCCUAACACCUGACGUGGCUCUCUCAGUACUGGUGGAUGAUGGGAGAUCGUAUAUUACCGAAGACAACUUCCAGCGUGUGAACACCGUUUUGCUCUUCUACAUCCUCAACUGGCAAAAUCUGUGUUCAUCACCGGCUGGAUUGCCAUCCUUCCUCUCUUCCCCAUCGUCGACAAAGAAAUUCCAGUUCUACCUCUCCGCGCUCACAAGCUUACAUCCAACCGAGGACAACAACUUUCUGUCUCUUGGUGAAGCUGAGAUGAUUCUGCAGCUCAUCAGUAGACACUCCGACCAAACCGAUGGAUCCUUUGAAUGUGUUGAUGCUGCCCACAUCUUCAAAGACGUUGGCGUGAAAGAAAAGCCCGGUGCCGACGUGACCUCGGUGCCCAGACUAGCAACAGCCAUCAUCAGCCAUGUCCUGCAGGGUCACUGCUUCAAAAGGAGGAAACUGCCGUCCCCGGCUUUCUUUACCAACUACAUCUUCCGAUCAUUUAACCGCACAAGUAACUUGCAAAUUCUUGAUUUAGAGGAGCUGCUCCAUCAGCUGGGAGUCGGUCGAGAGGACGAGGAACACUCUCACGAGAAGAAGAGAAGAAGCACAGACACUCUGGAGCUUCCUCAGGGCGGAGGGAUCCAGGACGCUGAGUCUUUCAGCAAUGAAUGGGCACAGGUGUGUUUUUCGGCCAAUCAGCUGGUGGAUAUUUUUGCGCUGGAUCCUCUUUUGCCGAUUUCCACAGAACACUUCAGACAAGUUUGUCCCGCCAUCAUUCAGCAGUUGCUGGGCAACGCCUGCGUCCUAGUGGAGGAGAAGACCAGAGGAGCUCUUCCUACUGACCUGGAGAAGUAUGGCUACAGCACUGCUGCCGUCCUGCUGGUCACACUGGGCUCCAUGCUCGGCAUCUGCCUCAUCUUCUUCAACUCUUGCAAGGAAACGUACACACUCAUCCUGCAGCUGUUUGUGGGCUUAGCAGUGGGAACUCUUUCAGGAGAUGCGUUGCUGCACCUCAUUCCGCAGAUCCUGGGCCUCCAUGAUCACGCUCACAGCCCUGAUGACCUGCACUCUGCUGAGGGCAAAGACUAUCUGUGGAAGAUACUCGGCUGCAUCGCUGGCGUCUACAGCUUCUUCCUGAUUGAGAGAUUAUUCUCCUUUUUUGUCCCUGGUCACGGACAUAGUCAUAACAAUGGACUUCCCUCUGAGCUCAGAGGCAACAGUCAGUCACAGAGAGGGAAGUCCAUCUCCACUGUCCAGCUGGGGCCGGUGGAUGAGAUGGAGUGCACAGAAAUAUCUCCGGAGCCCGCGGACACAGAGAGCACCUCUCAGCAGCGACGAGGCGUCCCUUUGCUGGCCGUGAUGGUAAUUGUGGGCGACAGCCUUCAUAACUUUGCAGAUGGCCUGGUUAUCGGCGCGGCCUUCUCCUCCUCUGCAGAGACUGGCAUGGCAACCACAGUGGCUAUCCUGUGCCACGAGAUACCGCACGAGAUGGGAGAUUUUGCUGUGCUGUUGAGCUCUGGACUUAGUGUUAAAACAGCCGUGUUGAUGAACUUCCUCAGCGCUCUCACUGCCUUCCUGGGCCUUUACAUCGGCCUGCUUGUUUCUGCCGAGUCAGAAGUUCAACAGUGGAUCUUCACCGUCACAGCCGGGAUUUUCCUUUACAUUUCACUGGUUGAAAUGCUCCCAGAGAUGAGUCGAGUGAAGUCCAGCCGGCCGUGUGUGGUGUUCCUCCUGCAGAACCUGGGUCUCCUGAUGGGCUGGACCUGUCUCUUGCUGCUGGCAUUAUUUGAACAUGAACUGCGAUUCUGAGUGUGACCUUUUUUAAAUUGUCAUUGAUUGGCGGAUGAUUUGAUUUCCAUAAAAUGAAAUAUGAAAUCUCAGGUCAUUUGAAAUGAUCGACAGUGUUGUGAGCAAAUCACAGGGUGAGUUCAAAAGUUUUAUACUGGAUGCGCCAUACAUGUGAAGAAGUAUCAUUAUUACUGACUUAUUAACAAAAUAUUGAGUAAAAGUCAACUGUUAUUUACUCCUGGCUGUUUGAGGCUUUGAUGACAUUAAAAUCUAUUGUGGGUUUUCUGCAUCUUGAUUUUUUCUUGGUUUUAAGUUCUUGGUUUUGAAUGUUAUUCUUUCGAUUCAAUUUAUUAAAGGGCUGUUUCCCCUCACACUCGCCAGUGUUUGUGUGCCAGACUGCUCCAUAUAUGCUAUUUAUUGUUUGGGAUUUUUAAAGGUGUUAUUUUCUGGUCUCUGAAUCUCUGUUCUUGGAUUU